AUGAAUACAGAUGAAGCUCCUUUAAAUUAUUCUUCUCCUAUGAAGUCGAACAGAGACUUGGUUGUUGCUGAGGGAAACAACCUUAGUUCCGUAAGGGGAAGAGAACAAUCAGCAAAUAAGGUGUAUGGAGCCAUUCAAAAAGAUGUAAUAUAUCAAUCAUAUAAAGAGGAAAUUGAAAAUGAGAAGAAAGAAAUUGCAAGAAAACUUGUACAGUUGGAUAUGGAAAAAACACCUAGUAUUAAGGAUUUAUCAAAAAGUACUGAUGAUGUUUUUGGAGAGGUUGGAUCGGGUGUUGUUGAUACUGCAGACUUUGAAGAUAAACCUAAAAAAUCAGGAGCAGCCCUUGAACAGUUUAGAAACGCUGCCAAGAAAGUGACUGCUGCAAAAGCUGUUAUAACAAGUUUAGAAUUUGGAUUAGUAAAAGCGGGGGUAGUCACACCCUCAAAAGGAGAUGAAAAUGUUAAAAUAACAAUCAAAAGAAGUAAUUCAGAUAAGAAAACAAUAACACCACUACAAACCAAACAAAAAUUCAGAAUUGAGAAUAAUCAAAAGAUGAUAAAGAAGGCAGAUGAAUUAAGACGAACAACAUAUAGAUCAAUGGAUUGCACAAGUAUUCUAGGUGUGGAGAAGUACAUGUUAUUACAUGAAAAGAGAUUUUCUCCCAAAUGCAUGAUAGAUGCUAUGGAGCCACAAAAUAAUCCCUCACUCCAACAAGCAUCAUCUUUAAAACAAAGACCUAAAAGUGCUGUCAUACCUAAAAAACCUCAGCCAACAUCAAAUAACAAUGAUCUCAUCCCGACUUCUUACACUUCAUCCACCCAAACUCAAAAUUACUAUCAAAGAAAAGAGACUACAAAAGAUACUUCCCACUCUUCCACAAACAUGAUUCCAGAGGAUCAAAAAAUUGGAAAGAUUUUAAAUGAAUAUGAGAGGGGUAUGGUCCUAUACGAUAAGGGUAAAUUUGAGGAGGCCCUAGAUCGUUUCAAUGACUGUCUAAAUAUUUUCAUGAAAUCAAAAAUUGAAGAUGCGGAAAUGUGUGCUAACAUUUUCCUUGCAAUGGGAAUUUCAUAUUAUGGCAACGGAGAUGAUGAAUCUGCAUUGGAACUGUACAAUAGAUGUAUCCAGAGGUUGGAAGUUAAAUUUGGAAAAAACUUCCCUGGAAUAGUGUCACCAAUGGUGAAUAUUGCCUUAAUAUAUACUAAUCAAAAAAAGUAUGAUGAAGCUUUGGUAACCUUUCAGAGAGCUCAAAAAUUAGCUGAAACCCUUACCUAUGAAAAUAUGGCUCAAGUUCUUAAGGAUGUAAAAAAAUUUAAAAAGGCGAUAGAAUUUCAAAACAAAGUUAUUGCCAUACGGAAAAAGCAUUUGGGAGUGAACACCUAUGAUUAUGCUUUAGCCCUCCAUAACAUGGGACUCAUAUUGUUUAAGGAUAGAAACCUUCCUCAAUCGCUCACCUACUUUCAAAAAGCUUUCAAAUUAAGAGAACAAAUUCUUGGCGAAAAUCAUGAAGCAACUCGAUUGUCUAAGCAAUUAUUCGAAGAAAUAGACAAACGUUUGACAGAAAAGAAGAAGAGAGUGUCAUCCCUAUCUCAUUCUAUUAAUAAUACAUCAAGAUAA